CAAAAGCUCAUUGUCUUCCACUUUUGUCAUUCUCUCUCUCCCCUCUCUCAGAUUGUGAAGCCCUGCAAAUUCACCUACGAGAAACGAAACCCUAGAUUCCCCAUCACUUUCCUGAGAAAAUCUUCAGGAAAAGAUUGAAUCUUUCUCUGUCCAAAAGUCUCAAAUCUCUCAUUUCCGCAUCCAAUUUUAUCCGAAUUCCACAUUUCUCAUUAAACCCUAGAUCCCAAAUCCAAGUAAUUCAAUUGGGUGAUGGGUAGGUUUCUCAUAGAAACCUCCAGGCCCUCGUCGUCUUCAUCUUCCCCAGCCUCUUCGCCGCCUCCGACCACCACCGCGUCGACGUCGAUCACCGAGACCGUCAACGGGACCCACCAUUUCAGGAUCAACGGCUAUUCGCUGUCCAAGGGGAUUGGGAUUGGGAAGUACAUAGCGUCCGAUACGUUUAAUGUGGGUGGGUUUUCGUGGGCCAUCUAUUUCUACCCGGACGGCAAGAGCGUUGAGGACAAUGCCGCCUACGUUUCGCUGUUCAUCGCGCUUGCGAGCGAAGGAACCGAUGUGAGAGCGCUGUUCGAAUUGACGCUUUUGGAUCAGAGCGGGAACGAGAGGCACAAGGUGCAUAGCCAUUUCGGGAGGACAUUGGAUAGCGGUCCGUACACGCUCAAGUAUCGCGGAAGCAUGUGGGGUUACAAACGUUUUUUCAAAAGAACUUCUCUCGAGACAUCAGAAUACCUUAAAGAUGAUUGCCUAUCAGUUAACUGUAUGGUUGGUGUUGUGAAGUCACAUACACAGGGACCAAAAAUUUACUCUAUACCAAUUCCACCAUCCAGCAUGGGCCAUCAGUUUGGCAAGCUACUGGAAACCGGAAAGGGAACUGAUAUUAGUUUUGAAGUUGACGAGGAGAUUUUCUCUGCUCACAAGUUGGUACUAGCAGCUCGAUCACCUGUAUUCUGGGCCCAACUAUUUGGUCCUAUGAAAGAUCAGAACACUCGUUGCAUAAAAGUUGAGGACAUAGAGGCUCCAGUUUUCAAGGCGUUGCUUCAUUUUAUAUACUGGGACUCACUGCCUGACAUAGAAGAGCUUACUGGAAUUAACUCCAAUGGGGUUUCCACUUUGAUGGCCCAGCAUCUGCUUGCAGCAGCAGAUCGAUAUGGCUUAGACAGGCUCAGGUUGAUAUGUGAGGCAAAUCUCUGCCAGGAUGUCGCUAUAAACAAUGUGGCAACGACAAUAGCUUUGGCAGAACAACAUCACUGCUCCCAGCUGAAACCUGUGUGUCUCAGAUUCAUUGCAACUCCCGGAAAUCUAUUAGGUGUGAUGCAAACAGAUGGUUACAAACACUUAAAGGAGAGCUGCCCAUCCGUUCUGACUGAACUCCUGGAAUACGUAGCUAGUGUUAAUGAGCAUUCUGCAUCCUUAGGCAGGCACGGAAAUGAUCUCGAUGGCAGUGACAUCCAUGGCAGGCGGGUGAAGCAAAGGCUAUAGUCAAGUGAACUUUCUAAACGUUUUCGCCGUAGACAAUGGACAAGAAGAAAGAACGAAUUGAAAAGAAACAAAAAAAUUGUGAGGAGAGAUGAUUUCUAGGUUUAGAAAUAACUGCUAGUGUUUUUAGCCUUGCGUAAUACAAAAAGCUGUUGAUGUCCACGUAGGCCUGUAAUGUGAAAGUUGUAGUACUUACUGUACUGAUUGAUAAAAUGAAAAAUUCAAUUCUUUGCUUUGUAA